GUGCUGGGCGCCCCCCCUGAAGCCUUCGUUGGGAUGGAGCAGCGUGGAGGGGGCACGGACAACCCCGUCCUCCAGGACAGGGCCAGCCCGGAGGAGCGGGGGGAGAGCCCGGCCUCCAGCGGCCCCCCGCCGUGCAAGCUGAGCCGCCUGGAGGUCAACGGCAGCCCAGCGAACCCACAAGGCCGGCAGAACGGCACCCCACUGAGACCCCUCGGAGGUUUGAUGAUCCCGGUUUACUGCGUGGUCGAGCACGCAGAGACGGGAUUGGCUGGCGACGGCGAGGGACGCGGCGACCGCCACGCCGAGUUCGUUCUGGUUCGUAAGGACGUCCUGUUCACGCAGCUGGUGGAGACAGCGCUCGUCGCCCUUGGAUACUCGAACAGCUCGGCCGUGCAGGCACGUGGCAUCAUUAAAGUGGGCCGGUGGAAGCCGAUGCCCAUCCACUACCUGACAGACGCACCAGAGGCAACAGUGGCCGACAUGCUGCUGGAUGUUUACCACAUGGUCACACUGCGGAUCCUCCUGCACAGCUUUGCCCGACUGGAGGAGCUGCCGUCGGAGCAGUGGACUCACGCCACGGUGAGGAACGCCCUCAAAGAGCUGCUCCGAGAGACCAACCAGAGCGCUCUGGCCAAGGAGUGCCCCCUCUCCCAGAGUAUGAUCUCGGCGAUCGUGAACAGCUCCUACUACGCCAACGUCUCCACCUCCAAAUGCCAGGAGUUUGGACGCUGGUAUAAGAAGUACAAACGCAUCAAAGGUGAAUACUUUGAGAAGAUGUGGUCGGCACAGGACAAGUCGGACAUAAAAGUGGAGAGGGAUUUUGACCUGAGCAUCAUCAGCCAGCGUCCUCCCUCCCUCUUACCCUCCUCCGCCCAUUUGAGCGCCAUCAGUGGCCCGGGAGCUCAUCCCAUCAAGACAGCCCAUGGCGAUGCUCAGCCCCCCCCCCAGCCUCACUGUCUGCCCCACCCGGCCGGUCAGCACCACCCCGCUCCUCACAUGCGUCCCCAAGCUCCGGCGCUCAUGGGCCACAGCGGCCUCAUGUCCCCCCACCUCGUCCGGCAACAGCUGGCCAUGGCCCACCUCAUCAACCAGCAGCUGGCCGUCAGCCGCCUGCUGGCCCACCAGCACCCGCAGGGGGUCAACCAGCAGUUUCUCAACCACCCGCCCAUCCCGAGGGUCUGCAAGGGCCCCGGGUCCGGGACCGAGCCCGGACUCAACUGCUCCGGGGCCGACGUGUCCCCUGACAUUUACCAGCACGUCAGGAAUGAGCUGAAGAGGGCCAGCAUCUCCCAAGCAGUGUUUGCUCGCGUAGCUUUCAACCGCACACAGGGCUUGCUGUCGGAGAUCCUUCGUAAGGAGGAGGAUCCUCGCUCUGCGUCUCAGUCGCUGCUCGUCAACCUGAAGGCCAUGCAGAACUUCCUCAACCUGCCCGAGGGCGAGCGGGACCGCAUCUACCAGGAGGAGAGAGAGAGGAGCACCAACACCAACCACACCCACGCCACCAACCACAUCCCCACCGCCAUCCCACACAGACUCACACAGUCAAAGUGCAGCGUGUCCGUCGCUGAGCUGCCGCUGAAGCUCGACUCGCUGGUGAACAUCUCGUCCGGGAUCUAUGACGAGAUCCAGCAGGAGAUGAAGAGGGCCAAGGUCUCCCAGGCUCUGUUCGCCAAGGUGGCCGCCAAUAAAAGUCAGGGUUGGCUCUGCGAGCUGCUGCGGUGGAAAGAGAGCCCGAGCCCCGAUAACCGCACGCUGUGGGAGAACCUGUGCACCAUCCGGAGGUUCCUGGCGUUAUCGCCGGCCGACCGGGACCAGGUCUACGAAGAGGAGUCGAGGCAGCAGCACAGCGAGAGGCUCCAGACCGUCCUCCACAUCCCGGACCAGCAGACGCUCCACAGACACCCCCUGCCCCCCCUCACAUCCCUGUCUCCUGUCCAUGAAGAGCCGCAGCCCGUCCCGAUGCCCGUGUUGCACGUCUCAGAAGACGGGUCCCAGCGUGGGAUGAGCCCCGGCCUCGGGGGACCAAAGAAAGCUCGAUCACGGACACGCAUCUCCCUGGAGGCCCUGGGGAUCCUGCAGAGUUUCAUCGGAGACGUGGGCCUCUACCCGGACCAGGAGGCCAUCCACACCCUGUCCGCCCAGCUGGACCUACCCAAACACACCAUCGUCAAGUUCUUCCAGAACCAGCGCUACAACGUCAAGCACCACAACCCGGCCCGGGAGUCCGUCCCCGAGGAGGACGACAGGGACAGCUUGAGUCCCAGCGAGGGAGGCGCCGGAGCGGGGGGGAGCCGAGGGGAGGAGGAGGGCUUCUCUGCGUCGGAGGAGUCCAGUGAGGAGGGGAGAGGAUCAGUGGAGGUGUUCAGAACAGAGGGAGGAGACAAAGGAGAGGAGCGAGAGGAGGGGAUGGAGAAGGAGGAAGGGGACGAUGGGAAAGCCUCGGCUCCGGCGCCGUCCUCCCUGUCCCCCGACAGCAGCCUGGACAGCCCCCCCUCUGCAGAGCAGCAGAGAUAA